AUGUGGAACCGCCCCCACCCCCUCUCACACUCCCGUCCCGGCGCCCUCUCCCCACUCCUCCGCGUCCUCCCCCGCGCCGUCGCCGGGCCGCCGCCGCCGUCCGAGCACGACCGGAUCCGGGUGGCGCCGCCUCCGCGGAUGGACGCCACCUCGCCGUCGGGGCGCCCCACCACGCCUCGGCGGCAGCUGCAGCUGCAGGGCCCGCGCCCGCCGCGGCUCAGCGUGCGCCCCGAGUCUCACGCCAUCAAGAAGCCGUCCGGGGCGCCGCCGCAGGCCCAGGGGCAGGGCCACGCCCGGCGGGAGGAGAAGCAGCAAGGCCAGCCGCCGCGGGAGCCGGUGAUCAUCUACGACGCGUCGCCCAAGAUCAUCCACACCAAGCCCAGCGAGUUCAUGGCGCUCGUGCAGCGUCUCACCGGCCCCGGCUCUGGCGCGCUCCCCUCCGAGGCCCAGACCCAGGACUACCAGAUGGACGAGGCCGUGCCGGGGCAGUCCUUCCUGCCGCCGGAGCUUCUCCUCUCGCCGUCCGCCGCGAUGUCCCCGGCCGCGAGGCUGGCUACCAUCGAGCGGUCCGUCCGGCCGAUGCCCGCGCCGACGCCGGAUUACGUCGACUUCAAUAACUACAGAUUCGACGACGGCGGCCUCGCGGCGGUUCUCGGCGCGGGUAGGCCAGGGCCCGGCAUCCUCUCCCCUUUGCCGUCGUCCCUGCCGCCAGCCGCGGCGUCCGUGCUGUUCUCGCCGCUGCCGUUCGACCCGAACGGCCUCAGCUGGCUGAACGAGCUGAGCCCCAUCCUCCGAGCGGCGUCCACCGGCGCCGGCUCCUCAGGCAGCGGCAGCGGCGGCGGCGGGACUAGCAACGGCGGCGCCUACCGGCAACCACAAUCCUACUACUCCGACCCCUUCGUCCCGAGCCCCCGCAACCUCCUUGCCACGCCCACCGUGCCGUCGCCGCGAACCUUCGCGGAGCUCAUGAGCAACCUGCCAGAUCUCUAG